UUUGCCGCCUCUUGUGCAACUGAUACGUAUUCCGUGUUUAGAUUCCCAGGGUUUGUUCUGCCAUGCCUGGGAGUUCACCCCGUUCAAGAGAUUUCGCCAGAGGAGCAGCGCAGUGUUACUUUGAAGGAUCUGGAUGCUGCGUUGCCACUUAUAGAACUCUACAAAGAUAAAUUGGUGGGGAUCGGAGAAGUUGGACUAGAUUUCACUCCAAGAUUUGCCAGCACAGAGGAACAGAAGGAAGGACAAAGACAGGUUUUGAUCAAGCAGAUUGAGUUAGCAAGAAGACUGGAUUUGCCGUUAAAUGUUCAUUCCCGCUCAGCUGGACGACCAACCAUUAAUCUCUUAAAGGAGCAAGGUGCUGCAAAGGUCUUGCUCCAUGCAUUUGAUGGGAAGCCAUCUGUAGCAAUGGAAGGGGUGAAAGCUGGAUACUUCUUCUCCAUUCCUCCUUCCAUUAUAAGGAGUGAACAGAAGCAGAAACUUGUGAAACUGUUACCUCUGGAAAGUAUGUGCUUAGAAACUGACUCUCCUGCUCUGGGGCCUGAAAAACAGGUGAGAAAUGAACCAAAAAAUAUUUACAUUGCUGCAGAGUAUAUUGCCAAAAUUAAAGGAAUUCCAGUUGAAGAAGUUAUAGAAGUGACUACGCAGAAUGCACUGAAAGUAUUCCCCAAACUUCGGAACUUUCUUCGGAUCUAGACUUAGAAACUGAAAUAUGUGAUAUUACAGAAACUUAUUAUUUAUGGUGUAAUAAAUAAAACCACCACGCAUCUUGUCUUAAAGUGGAGUUUUGCUGCUGGAAAGUUCAAGUAGUGAGCAGUGUGUUAUAUGGAUGCAUAAGAUGGAUAUUGUGAAUUUCUCAAAUACCUUCUUCGGGACACUGUCAUCUCUUAGAUGGGAUAAAGACAAGUUGCGCAUUUGCA